UAAUGGAUAAAGUUAACCCAGUGGACUAAAAUAGAAACGGUGAAACCUUUUUAGAGUUACAUACGAAAAAUGAAACCGUUGACUAAACUGCUAAAAUGACCCAAACCAAAAGGACUAAAAUGACAUUUAACUCAUUAAAACAUAAUACAAGUAAACAUAUAAUCUAAGUCGAGUGUCUUUUCUUCGUUGUCAGCCCCCAUUAAGAAAUUCUGUAGUCUGUAGCAAUCAAGUAAGAUAUUUCUCACAUUUAGCAUUCUUCUGAUAUUAACCAAACAAUACCCCAUCACUCGUGCAUACAGGCGUUGCAAAACAACUGUUUUAUAAUAGCAUGCCCACAAGGUGUUUGAUAAAAUGCCUGAAAGAAAAAUAUAAUAUAUCACCAGCUCACAAGUAAGCCCAGUUUUCACCAAAUUGUUUAACUUUUGAUGUGGGUAUGUUUGAUACAUUCAAGGGGCAAACUUGUUAAAACCAUAGAGGGUUUUGUGAUAUAAGUUCUUUAAGCACACUGCAAGUGCAGACAGACUAUGGGGAUGGGAACCAAAUCAAUUAUCAAAUGGCCAAAACAAGUAACCACAUCUCUAGUUGAGCAGCUGAUUAAAGCCGAAAGAAACGUAGAAAAAGCGGUUAUCGUGUUCGAUUCUGCGUCAGCUGAGUAUGCCAAUGGCUUCCGGCAUGACCACAAGACUUACGGGCUCAUUGUCUCAAAGUUGUUGUCUGCGAAUCAGUUUAAACGAGCGGAGGAUUUCGUCGAUAGAAUGAGACAAGACGACUGUAGAGUUACCGAAGAUAUACUCUUAUCGAUAUGUAGGGCGUACGGACGGGUUCAUAAGCCUCAUGAUGUGAUGAGAGUUUUUCAAAAGAUGAAGGAAUAUGAAUGUGAGCCGACUUUAAAAUCUUACGUUACGGUUUUUUCGAUUCUUGUCGAUGAAAACCAGUUAAAGGUGGCGUUUAAGUUUUACCGGUAUAUGAGACAGCUCGGUUUUCCUCCAAACGUUCCUUCGCUUAACGUCUUGAUUAAAGCGCUUUGCAAAAAUAGUGGAACUAUAGAUUCAGCGAUCCGAAUCUUUCGUGAGAUGCCUAAACACGGGUGCACACCAGACAUGUACACGUACGGCACUUUGAUCAAUGGUUUAUGUAGGAUAAAGAAAGUUAACGAAGCGAAGGAGCUUCUGAAGGAGAUGGAGAUUAACGGUUGUUCACCGAGCGUUGUGACGUACACGAGUUUGAUUCACGGGUUAUCCGAAUCGAACAACUUGGAUGAAGCUAUGGCGUUUCUCGAACAAAUGGAGGCCAAACGUGUUGAUCCCAACGUGUAUACAUACAGCUCGAUUAUAAACGGAUUAUGCAAAUACGGGCGUAGCUCUGACGCAAUGGAGCUGUUGAAAGUUAUGGUAAGCAAACACCAUAAGCCGAACAUGGUAACUUAUAGCACGUUACUUCACGGAUUAUGUAAAGAAAAGAACCUUCGAGACGCGUUAAUAAUAUUCGAUAGGAUGAAGCUUCAAGGGUUGAAACCGGACGCAGGGUUGUAUUGGAAAAUCAUCGACUUGUUUUGCGACGGUCGGAAGUUUCAAGAAGCCGCAAACUUUCUUGACGAAAUGGUUUUCGAGGGGAUUCCGAUAAAGCGAGUAACGUGGAGUCUUCAUGUUAAGAUUCAUAAUACUGUCGUUCGAGGUCUUUGUAGCGCUAAUGAUGCUAACCGAGCGUUUUUGUUGUACCGUGGCAUGCGGAAUAAGGGGAUUAAUGUUGAUGGUGGAACUUUUGAAGCUCUUGUUGCGCUUUUUUGUGGGAAACGAGAUCUUUAUAAGGCGGGUAUCGUUCUUGAUGAGAUGGUUAUCGAUGGAUGUACGCCUGGUGAAGAUAUGUGGAGUGUUUUGGUAUGCAGAGUUUGGGGGAAUCGAAAGGUGCAGGAAGCGAUUGACUUGAUGAGUGAACUUGUGUCGGGAAAUCAGAUUUGAGAACCGCUGUUUUUGGUAAUCCGAUCUGUCCUUUUUCGUCGUUUUACUUUUCGUUAUAACUUAUACGUUUUGAGUGAAUGCGCAUUGUGUACGAUACAAGAAACUUAUAAGUUAUAACUAAUUGAUUGACUUUAUAUCAUCUCA